AUGAACGCUCAGAUAGCCAAGGAGAUGGUCAUGCAGGGUGUUGUGGUUUCUAGCUCUAAGUCACCUGCUGCUCCAGUACUUGAGGUCUCUUUCUCAGCAGCUCCUAAUGUUACCACUUCUACUUCUGUCUCAACGACUGUACCUACUCCUGCACCUGUUUCGAAGAAUCUUGUUGUGGCGACCGCACCUACUCCAGCUCCUAGUGUUAGUGCACCUACUCUGGAGGAUCCUGUUGUGGCGACCGCACCUACUCCUGCUCCUGCUAUCAGUGCGCCUACUCCAGAGGAUCCAGUUGUGGCGCCCGCACCAACUUCAUUUGCGAGACCUUUGUCUCCUGACUUCGAUGCCCUUUCUGCUUCUAAUGAGGCCGAGCACAAAUCUGGCUCUAGCUUUGGUUCCAAGUUCGAGGUUUGUCCUUUUAUCACCACAGCAACGCCUCCUUCUUCUCCAGCCCUGGAUGCUAAAGAGGUAGAUAUUUAG